AUGAAUAUCGAUCAACCAUACAAAUUGUAUGCUGUCGUAUCGCUGCUCUUAAUCUUUGUCGAACCAGUGUAUACACAAACAACAGUAAUAUGUCCAACAGCUAUUUGGAAUAGUACUUUUCGAACAUUGGCGGGAAUAUCUGGCGUCGCAGCAAGUACAGCAACUACUCUUUAUAAUCCAUAUCGUGCUGUAUUUGGACCUAGCAAUACACUGUAUGUUGCUGAUCAGUCUAAUAAUCGUAUUCAAAAAUAUGUUGGUGGAUCAGCAACAGGAACAGCGGUUACGGGUUUAACUUUAUCGAAUCCAUGUGAUGUUUAUGUUGACAAUAAUAAUGUUCUCUAUGUUCUGGAUACCAGUAACUACCGAGUAUUGCGCUGGAAUAACAAUGUUGUUACAGUAGUUGCUGGCGGUUUUGGUGCCGGUUCAACAUAUGAUAAAAUGUCAACAAGUUAUUCAAUGUUUGUUGAUGCAUCCUAUAAUAUUUACGUAUCAGAUUAUGGAAAUCAUCGUGUUGCGUUUUGGUCGGCAGGAAAUCCAAACAUGAGUCAAUUGGUGGCGGGUGGUUACGGAGCUGGAAGUACACCAGAAAAACUGUACUAUCCUCUUGGAAUCUAUGUUGACAAUAUGGGAAUCAUAUAUGUUGCUGACUAUUACAACCACCGAAUUCAAAAAUGGUAUCCUGGUGCAGCUACUGGAAUUACUGUCGCUGGACAAACAGGAGUGGCAGGAUCAUGGUCAUAUUUACUAUACUAUCCAACAGCGGUUAUUUACGACCAAUAUAAUUAUCUCUAUAUUGUUGAUUCUAGCAACAAUAGAGUUCAACGUUGGGUUCCUGGUGCCAGCUAUGGAAUAACUGUUGCAGCAUCAACAAUGUCUAAUCCACGAGGCUUAAGUUUUGAUUCAUCCGGAAACAUUAUUGUAGCUGAUAUGAGUUUACAUAGGAUCAUCUCCUUUGCUGUUUCUUGUCCCCCGAAUGCAACAACAACAGCAUCUCCAACAACUCAAGCUAUAGUACCAGUCUGUUCAACAGGUGGUUGGAAUCAAACUUUUACAAUUAUAGCUGGAUCAUCAGGGAAUCGUGGCACAUCAGCAACCUUACUUUACAAUCCAUAUAGUUCAUUUAUUGAUAUCUAUGGAAAUCUUUACGUUGUAGAUUAUUAUAAUCAUAGAAUUCAAUAUUUUCUAAGAGGUUCUACAACAGCGACAACAGUCGCAGGUAUAACAUCAAGUGCAGGUUCAAGUUAUUCUCAACUGUAUUAUCCAACAAAUAUUUAUGUUGAUUCAAACGGAAUAAUGUACAUACUAGAUGCAACUAAUUGCCGAGUACUUCGUUGGACUCCUGGAGAUCCAAUGGGUUUUUCUGUUGCAGGUGAUCAUGGUUGUGGAUCAACAGUAGAUAAAAUCGAUGUUAGCUACGCGAUGUUUAUCGAUAGUCAGUAUAAUAUUUAUAUAUCGGAAUAUGCAAAUCAUAGAGUUUCAUUAUGGACACCAAGAAAUACGACAGCUGGAACUACAGUUGCUGGUGGAUAUGGCGCUGGAAGUACAGCAGAGAAACUAUAUUAUCCGUGGGGGAUCUAUGUUGAUGCAAAUCAGGUAGUUUUUGUUGUCGAUAGAUCCAAUCAUCGAGUACAACGUUGGAAUUCAGGAGCGAUUUCAGGCUUGACUGUAGCAGGCUCUACUAGUGACCCUGGUCCGUGGUCAUAUCAAUUUAGUAAUCCAACUGCAAUUACUUUCGAUCCUUAUGGUUAUAUGUAUAUUUUGGAUACUGGAAAUUCACGUGUUCAAAAAUGGUUACCGGGAGCAACUUUUGGAACAACAGUUAUAGCAGUAUCAAUGAGUACUCCAUAUGGAUUAAUAUUUGACCGACGUGGAAAUAUUGUUAUCACUGAUCAAUUGAACUAUCGAAUUCUAUCUUUUGCUAUAACAUGUCCAAAUGCAACAACAACAACAGCAUCACCACCAACCACGCCACAAACUUCAUUAUGUACGACAGCUCAAUGGAAUUCUACAUUCUCCAUAUUAGCUGGAGUGACAUCCACUGCUGGAAGUUCGCCCACAUUAUUAUAUUAUCCAUAUAAUAUAUAUUUUGAUGGAUACAACAAUUUAUAUGUUGCUGAUACAUCAAAUCAUAGAAUUCAAUAUUAUCCUCAAGGAACGUCAAUAGGUAUAACUGUUGCCGGAAUUACAGGUUCUCCCGGUAGUACCUAUUCACAAUUGUAUAAUCCAUACGCAAUCUAUGUUGAUUCAAAUCGAGCAAUGUUCAUAUUAGAUACAACUAAUUACAGAGUUUUGAAAUGGCAAUUCGGUGACCCACGUGGUUUUCUUGUAGCCGGUGGCAAUGGAGCUGGUGCAGCGUCAAAUCAAAUCACGACAAGUUAUGCCAUGUUUGUGGAUGCCCAAUCGAAUGUAUACGUAUCUGAAUACAGUAAUCAUAGAGUAACACUAUGGCUAUCAACAAAUACAUCAUAUGGAACAAUCAUUGCUGGCGGAUAUGGUGCUGGAAGUGCAUCACAACAACUAUACUAUCCUUGGGGCAUUUGUGUGGAUUCUAACCAAGUAGUUUACGUUGUUGAUAGAAAUAAUCAUCGAGUACAACGUUGGCUUAAUGGUGCAAUAAGUGGUAGUACAGCUGCCGGUACAACUGGCGAUGCAGGCCCAUAUGCAUAUCAAUUCAGUAGUCCAACAGCAUUAUUGCUAGAUCAAUAUGGUUAUUUAUAUGUAUUGGAUUAUGGAAAUUCCCGCAUUCAAAAAUGGUUUCCAGGUGCACCUUAUGGAACCACAGUUUUAGCAGCAUCUUUCUAUAAUCCUUGUGGAUUGCAAUUUGAUCGUCUUAACAAUCUUGUUGUAGCUGAUACAUAUUAUCAUCGAAUAGUUUCUUUUGCUAUUCUCUGUCCUACAACAACAACAACAACAGUUGCACCACCGACAUCAUCACCAACACCAAUAUGCGCAACAGCUCAAUGGAAUUCUACAUUUUCAAUAUUAGCUGGAAUAACAGCGAGCAGAGGAUCAACAACCACGUUACUUUAUAAUCCAAGUGAUGCUACUUUGGAUGGAUAUCAAAAUUUAUAUGUUGCUGAUACAGUUAAUCAUAGAAUUCAAUAUUUUCCUCACGGAACAACAACAGGUAUAACUAUUGCUGGAGUUACAGGUUCUGCUGGUGGUGCCUAUUCACAAUUGUAUAAUCCAUAUGCAAUCUAUGUCGAUUCAAAUCGAGCAAUGUUCAUAUUGGAUACAACUAAUUAUCGAGUUUUGAAAUGGCAAUUUGGUGAACCCCUUGGUUAUGUUGUCGCCGGUGGCAAUGGAGCUGGUGCAGCAUUAACUCAAAUCACGACAAGUUAUGCCAUGUUUGUGGAUGCCCAAUCGAAUGUAUACGUAUCUGAAUACAGUAAUCAUAGAGUGACGCUAUGGCUAUCAACAAACACAACUUCUGGAAUAUUAGUUGGUGGUGGAAAUGGUGCUGGAAGCACAUCAGAAAGAUUAUAUAAUCCUUGGGGUAUUUAUGUUGAUGUCAAUGGGUCUAUGUAUAUUGCUGAUCGAUCGAAUCAUCGAGUUCAACUUUGGCUACCUGGAGCAAUAAGUGGUACUACUGUUGCUGGUGUAACUGGGGAUGCAGGCCCAUAUGCAUAUCAAUUAAAUAGUCCGACAGGCAUCACAGUUGAUCAAUAUGGUUAUAUAUAUGUAUUAGACUCUGCUAAUUCGCGUGUUCAACGAUGGUUUCCAGGUGCAAGUUAUGGAAUAACAGUAAUAGUUGCAUCGAUGAACACUCCAUAUGGGAUGCAAGCUGAUAAUCAAGGAAAUCUAAUUAUUACCGAUACACUCAAUUAUCGAAUUUUAUCUUUUGCUCUCUCGUGUCCUUCUGUAACAACGACAACGGCAGCACCACCACUACAAGCAACAGUUCCUGUGUGCGCUACGGCUAUUUGGAAUCAAACAUAUUCUACAUUAGUUGGAUCGCUGGGAACAGUAGGAUCAACAACAACAUUAUUAUAUAAUCCAUCGAGUAUUGCUUUUGAUGGAUAUAGAAAUAUGUAUAUUGCUGAUCUCAGCAAUCACAGAAUUCAACGAUAUGCUCCAGGUUCAAACAUUGGCACGACCAUAGCUGGUGUAACAAGUUCUGCGGGAAAUUCACGAUCACAACUUUACAAUCCAUAUGGAUUACAUGUCACUCCUAAUGGAACAAUGUUUAUAUUAGACACAACAAAUUAUAGAGUACUGCAGUGGCAAGCUGGAGAACCCAUGGGCUAUAUUGUGGCUGGUGGAAAUGGUAAUGGUGCAGCACUUACUCAAAUUGGUGUUAGCUAUGAGUUAUUUGUUGAUGAUCAAUAUAAUAUUUAUAUCUCAGAAAGUAGUAAUAACAGGAUAACAAAAUGGUCUCGCAGUAAUUCAACUGCUGGAACUUUAGUUGCUGGUGGAAAUGGUGCUGGUAAUACAGCGGAUAAAUUAGCAAACCCUUGGGGAAUUUAUGUAACUAAUCAAUCAAUAUACAUUGCUGAUCGAGAUAAUCAUCGCAUUCAAAAAUGGGAUUUUGGUGCAAGUCUUGCUAGCACUGUCGCAGGCUCGACAAGUGAUCCAGGUCCAUGGUCUUAUCAAUUCAAUAAUCCUGUAGCAAUUACAUUCGACCCGUCCGGUUAUAUGUAUAUAUUAGAUGCUGCGAAUGAUCGUGUUGUUAAAUGGUAUCCAAAUGCACCGUAUGGUAUAGCAGUAGCAUCAACAACAAUGGCUACACCAUUAUCAAUGAAAUUCGAUCCACUCGGUAAUAUUAUUAUAACGGACACAUCCUAUCACCGUGUUAUAUCAUUCAAUAUAAUGUGUCCUUCUGCAACAACAACAACAACACCAUUACCAACUCAAACAGCUAGACCAGUAUGUCAAACUGCUGUUUGGAAUCAAACAUAUUCUACAUUAGCGGGAUCAAUGGGAACAGCUGGAUCAACAUCAACAUUACUUUAUUAUCCAUAUGAUGUUCAGUUUGAUGGUUACGGUAAUAUGUAUGUGGUCGAUCAUUAUAAUCAUAGAAUUCAAAGAUUUCCUUCAGGAUCGAAUGCUGGAGUAACUGUAGCUGGGUCAAGUGGUUCAGGUGGAAGUUCACGUUCACAAAUAUAUUACCCAACAAAAAUAUGUGUUAGUUCCAAUCAAACAAUGUAUAUAUUGGAUACAUCAAAUUACAGAGUGCUUAGAUGGCAAAUGGGUGAUACAUUGGGUUAUGUCGUAGCAGGUGGAAAUGGAAAUGGUGGAGCUUUCACUCAAAUGGGCGUGAGCUAUGGAAUGUUUGUUACGGAUUCAUACAAUAUUUAUAUAUCUGAACAAUCAAAUCAUCGUGUUAUGAAAUGGCUAAAUGGAAACACAACUGCUGGAGUUUUAGUAGCUGGUGGAAAUGGCGCAGGAAAUACAGCAGAUAAAUUAAGUUCGCCAUGGGGUGUCUAUGUUGAUGUGAAUGCAUCAAUUUAUGUUGUUGAUCGUGGAAAUCAUCGUGUUCAAAUGUGGAGUCCAGGUGCCAGUGUUGGUAUAACUGUUGCUGGUUCAACAAGCGACGCAGGUCCAUGGUCAUAUCAAUUCAAUAGUCCAACAUCAAUUACUUUUGAUUCUGACGGUUAUAUGUAUAUAGUAGAUUAUAAUAAUGCAAGAAUUCAACGAUGGUAUCCCGGUGCAAGUUAUGGUACUACUGUUGCAUCCGGAGCACUGAAUCUACCAAUUGGAUUGGCAUUUGAUCGCCUUGCUAACUUGGUUGUAGCUGAUACAUCUUAUCAUCGCAUUGUUUCAUAUGGUUUAGUUUGUCCGGCAUCAACAACAACAACGACAGCACCACCAAUUCCAACAACAACUCCAUUAUGCUCAACAUCUAUAUGGAAUCAAACAAUACUAAUAAUAGCCGGCUCAACAUCAAAUGCUGGAUCAACAUCAACAUCAUUAUAUAAUCCAUAUGAUAUCGAUUUUGAUGGUUAUAAUAAUUUGUAUGUUGUUGAUUAUACUAACCAUAGAAUUCAAAGAUUCGACACAGGAUCUUUAACAGGUUCGACUGUGGCUGGUGUAACAGGAUCAGCUGGAAGUUCACGAUCACAAUUGUAUUAUCCAACAUCAAUCAGCGUAACAAAAAAUGAAACAAUGUUUAUCAUGGAUACAUCAAAUUACAGAGUGCUUAGAUGGCAAAUGGGUGAUGCACUGGGUUAUGUUGUGGCAGGUGGAAAUGGUAAUGGUGGAGCUUUUACUCAGAUUGGUGCAAGCUAUGAAUUGUUUAUUGAUACUCAAUAUAAUGUUUAUGUAUCUGAAAAUUCCAAUCAUCGAGUUACCAAAUGGUUGAGUACAAACCCAUCGAUUGGAAUUUUAGUUGGUGGUGGAAAUGGUGCUGGAAAUACACCUGAAAAAGUAAACUCACCAUGGGGAAUCUAUGUUGAUAAUAAUAGUGGACUAUAUAUUGUCGAUAGAGGAAAUCAUCGUGUUCAAUAUUGGCCAUUCGGUGCAAGUUUUGGUAGCACUGUUGCGGGUUCGACAAGCGACGCUGGUCCAUGGUCAUAUCAGUUCAAUAGUCCAACGUCAAUUACAUUUGAUUCAAAUGGUUAUCUCUAUGUUAUGGAUUUUAACAAUGAGAGAAUUCAAAAAUGGUUUCCGGGUGCUAACUUUGGUGUCACGGUGGCCGCAGCAAAUAUGUAUAAUCCAUAUGGUAUGACCAUCAAUCCAUUUGGAAAUAUAGUUGUAGCAGACACAUCUUAUCACCGUGUUAUCUCAUUUGGCCUUAUGUGUCCGGCAUCAACAACAACAACACAUGCACCACCAACCCAACCGUUAGUACCACUAUGUGCGACAGCUAUUUGGAAUCAAACAUCGUCUACAAUAGCUGGAUCUAUAUCAGCAGCUGGAUCAACAGCAACAUUGCUUAGUUCUCCAUAUGAUAUGGAUUUCGAUGAGUAUGGAAAUAUGUAUGUUGUUGAUUUUGGUAAUCAUCGAAUUCAAAAAUAUCCACUAGGAGUAUUAACUGGUACAACUGUAGCAGGAUUCUCAAUUGGAAGUGGUAGCUCACGUUCAGAAUUGUAUUAUCCAUCAGCUAUCACUGUGAAGUCAAAUGGAACUAUGUUUAUACUAGAUAGAAGUAAUUAUCGAGUAUUAAAAUGGCAAACAGGUGAUACAUUGGGUUAUACUGUUGCUGGUGGAAAUGGAAACGGUGGUACAUUCACUCAAAUUGGUGUAAGUUAUGGAAUCUAUGUUGAUGAUACUUAUAAUGUUUACAUAUCUGAACAAUCCAAUCAUCGUGUUAUAAAAUGGGCCAAUGGUAAUACAACUGCUGGUGCAUUGGUUGCUGGCGGCAAUGGCGUAGGAAGUACAGCAGAAAAACUAAAUUCACCAUGGGGCGUUUAUGUCGAUGUGAAUGGAUCAAUUUUUGUUGUUGAUCGUGGAAAUCAUAGAGUACAAAGAUGGGAUGCUGGCGUCAGUUUUGGUUUAACUGUUGCUGGUUCCACAAGCGAUCCAGGCCCAUGGUCAUAUCAAUUUAAUAAUCCAACAGCAAUUACAUUGGAUAUGUAUGGCUUUAUGUAUGUAGUAGAUUACAGUAACACAAGAAUUCAACGAUGGUAUCCUGGCGCAAGUUAUGGUACUACUGUUGUAUCAGGUGGAAUGAAUUUACCGAUUGGAUUACGGUUUGACCGUCUUGGAAAUCUAGUUAUUGCUGAUACAUCGUACCACCGUAUUAUUUCAUAUAGCUUAGUUUGUCCGGCUUCAACAACAACAACAACAUUGCCACCACCACAAAGUCGAAUUCCAUUAUGUUCAACAGCCAUUUGGAAUGCAUCGUUUACAAUGGUGGCAGGUUCAACUUCAACUGCUGGUUCAACAUCAACACUAUUAUCAUCUCCUUAUGAUGUGCAAUAUGAUGGUUACGGAUACAUGUAUGUUGCCGAUUAUAAUAAUCAUCGAAUUCAAAGAUUUCAUUCAGGAUCAAAUAUAGGAACAACUGUUGCUGGGUUCAAUCCAUCAGCUGGUAGUGGACGUUCAGAAUUAUACAAUCCCUCAGCUUUAUAUGUUGAUUCAACUGGAACUAUGUACAUAUUAGAUACAUAUAACUAUCGUGUAGUUAAAUGGCAAGUUGGCGAUUCAAUCGGUACAACCAUUGUGAAUGGUCGAGGAUCGGGCUCAACAUUUGAUAAAAUAGGAAGAAGUAACGGAUUUUUUGUUGAUACUAAUUAUAAUAUUUAUAUAUCCGAGUUCGGAAAUCAUCGAAUUACGAAAUGGGUGAAUGGAAAUAAUACUGCUGGAUCAUUAGUUGCUGGUGGGAAUGGUGCAGGAAAUACAGCAGAAAAAUUAAAUUCACCAUGGGGAAUUUAUGUUGAUAAUACCAGUGGAAUUUAUAUUGUCGAUCAAGCAAAUCAUCGUGUACAAUAUUGGCCAUCGGGUGCAAGUGUUGCAAGUACUGUUGCCGGUACAACUAGUAGUGCGGGUCCCUGGUCAUAUCAAUUCAAUACUCCAUCAGCAAUUAUGAUGGAUCCAUAUGGCUUCAUUUAUGUGUUGGACACUGGUAACGCACGUGUUCAAAAAUGGUAUCCAGGAAAUUCAUACGGAACAACAAUAUUAUCAGCAACAAUGAGCAGUCCAAUGGGAAUGUCUCUUGAUUUUUCAGGAAAUUUAUUCAUCGCAGAUACAUCUUAUCAUAGAGUUUUAUCUUUCAGUUUAUCAUGUCCAUCAAUAACUACAACAACAGCACUACCACCAACAUCAUCUCAAAGUCAAAUUUGUGCAACAGCAAUUUGGAAUCAAACAAUUUCAGUUUUAGCUGGCAUAACAUCAAGUGCUGGAUCAACAGCAACAUUAUUAUAUAAUCCAUCUGAUGUUCAUUUUGAUGGAUACAGAAAUAUGUAUGUUGCUGACAGAACCAAUCAUAGAAUUCAAUUUUUUCGCUCAGGACAAACAAUAGGAACCACUGUUGCAGGAAAUUCAGGUUUAGCUGGCUCUGGAAGAAGUGAACUAUAUAAUCCAUAUGGAAUAUCUGUAACAUCGAGUCAAACAAUGUAUAUACUAGAUACAACAAAUUGUAGAGUGUUAAAAUGGCAACUUGGACAACCGAUGGGAUAUGUUGUAGUAGGUGGAAAUGGUAAUGGUGCAGCAUUCACUCAAAUAGGAACUAGCUAUGCAUUCUUUCUUGAUGCUCAAAAUAAUGUUUAUGUAUCUGAAUAUUCAAAUCAUCGUGUUACUUUAUGGCUCGCUAGAAAUACGACUAGUGGAUCUUUGGUUGCUGGUGGGAAUGGUGCAGGAAAUGCAAAUGAAAAAUUAAAUUCACCUUGGGGUGUCUAUAUUGAUUCAAAUCAAACAGUUUAUGUUGUUGAUACAGGAAAUCAUCGUGUACAACGUUGGGAUGCAGGAUCAAGUACUGGUGUGACAGUAGCAGGUUCUACCAGUAAUCCUGGCUCAUGGUCAUAUCAAUUUAGUAGUCCAACAUCAAUAAUAUUUGAUCCAUAUGGCUAUAUGUAUGUAUUAGAUGCGGGAAAUGCUCGAAUUCAACGAUGGUUUCCAGGAGAUAGCUAUGGUAAAACUGUUGUAUCAGCAACUAUGAGUAAUCCAUCCGGAAUGAAAAUUGAUCUUUUUGCUAAUCUUGUUAUUGCUGAUGUAUCAUAUCAUAGAAUAUCAUCUUUCGCUCUAUUAUGUCCUGCGUCAACAACAACAACGACUGCACCUCCAAUGGUCACAACGGUUCCUCUAUGUUCAACAGCUACAUGGAAUGCAACAGGAGGAAUAGCCGCUGGUUCGACAAGUACCGCAGGAUCAACUUCCGGAUUACUUUACUAUCCAUAUGAUGUUUCAUUUGAUGGCUAUAAUUAUAUGUACGUUGUUGAUUAUUAUAAUCAUAGAAUUCAACGAUUUCCAUCAGGAUCAAACACGGGUGCGACUGUAGCAGGUUCGACAGGUUCAGCUGGAGGUGCACUUGCACAAUUAUACUAUCCAACAGCGAUGGUUGUAACAAAAAAUGGAACAAUGUUUAUUGCGGAUACAUCAAAUUAUAGAAUUUUACGGUGGCAAUUAGGAGAUCCCAUAGGUUUUGUUGUUGCUGGUGGAAAUGGAAAUGGUGGAGCAUUUACUCAAAUUGGUGCAAGUUAUUCUGUAUUUCUUGAUGAUCAAUAUAAUAUUUAUGUAUCUGAACAAACAAAUCAUCGUGUUACGAAAUGGUUUAAUGGAAACACAACUGCAGGAACUUUAAUUGCUGGUGGGAAUGGUGCUGGUAGUACGGCAGACAAAUUAAAUUCUCCCUGGGGAAUCUAUCUUGAUAGUAAUAGUAGUCUAUAUAUUUCUGACAGAUCGAAUCAUCGAAUACAACGAUGGGAUUUAGGUGCCACCAAUGGUAUAACUGUUGCUGGGGAUACCAGUGGAGCUGCUGGCUCUUUUGCCUAUCAAUUAAAUAGUCCAUCAGAAGUUAUAGUUGACCAAUAUGGUUUUAUUUAUAUAUUAGAUGCUGGUAAUGCGCGUGUACAAAGAUGGUCUCAAGGUUCUACAUUUGGUGUAACUGUUUUGUCGGCAACAAUGAGUAAUCCAUUAGGAAUGGCAAUGAAUUCCCUUGGAAAUCUAUUUAUAGCUGAUACAAAUUAUCAUCGUAUUCAAUCAUUUUCUGUUUAUUGUCCAGCAACAACAACAACUAAUGCUCCAUUAUCAGCACAAACAACAAUCCCAUUGUGUUCAACAGCUAUGUGGAAUUCUUCAGUGACCCUAAUAACAGGCGCAACAGGAAGUGCUGGAAGUACACCAACAUUUCUUUCGAGCCCAUUCGACGUACAAUUUGAUCAAUAUCAACAAAUGUACGUUGUUGACUAUGGUAAUCAUAGAAUUCAGCAGUUUACAUUAGGCUCCAAUGUUGGACGAACAGUUGCUGGUAUUACAGGAUCCGCUGGAAGUACACUAGGACAGCUUAACUAUCCAGCUGCAAUUUAUAUUGAUUCCAAUGAUGUUAUGUAUAUAUUAGAUUCAUCAAAUUAUCGCGUUAUACAAUGGCCAUUAGGAAGUCAACUUGGCAGUGUUGUCGUGAAUGGACGUGGUGCAGGUUCAACAUUAGAUAAAAUCGGUGUUAGUUAUGCUAUGUUUGUAUUUAAUAAUACAUAUAUUUAUGUAUCUGAAAAUGGAAAUCAUCGUGUCACCAAAUGGACCAUAUCUAAUAAUAACCUUGGACAACUGAUGGCAGGUGGUGCUGGUGCUGGUAGUACAGCAGAAAGACUAAAUUCUCCAUGGGGUGUUUACGUUGAUAGCAAUGCAACUUUAUAUGUUGUUGAUCGUUCGAAUCAUCGUAUUCAACAAUGGACUUAUGGAACGCCAUAUGGGACAACUGUAGCUGGUCAGAGCACAGUAGCUGGAUCAUGGUCGUAUCAAUUUAAUAGUCCAACUUCGAUUACAUUCGACCAAUAUGGUUACAUGUAUAUUUUGGAUGCGGGUAAUUCACGCAUUCAAAAAUGGUUAAUAGGCAUGACUUAUGGUGUAACGGUUGUAUCGGCAUCAAUGUCAACUCCUUAUAGUAUGAGUUGGGAUUUUUCAAAUAAUUUAUUCGUUGCGGAUACUUCAUCACAUCGAAUAAUAUCAUUUAAUAUUUUAUGCCCUCCAACAACAACCACAACAUUAGCAUAUCCAACAUUACCACAGAAUUUAGCAUGUCAAACUGGUGUUUUUAAUGCAAGCUGGACAAUUGUUGCUGGAAGUACGUCAACUGCAGGAACAUCAGCUGCAAAUUUAAAUAGCCCGUAUGAUGUUUUCAUUGAUGGAAAUUUCAAUACUUAUGUUGCUGAUUAUUCCAAUAGUAGAAUUCAAAAGUUUCCAACAGGAGUUCUAUCUGGAACGACUGUUGCUGGUUAUACACUUACUGGUGGUUCCUCUUAUUCACAAUUAUUAAAUCCAACAUCAAUAUUUGUUACGUUAGAUGGAUCCAUGUAUAUAGCUGAUGCAUCAAAUUAUAGAAUUCAAAAAUGGCUGCCAAAUCAACCAUUAGGAUUUACUGUUGCUGGUGGAAAUGGAAAUGGUGCUACACUUAAUCAAAUCGGUCUUGUUUAUUCAAUUUUUGUUGAUAAUCAAUCUAAUAUAUAUAUUUCGGAAAGUACUAAUCAUAGAGUUACUCUAUGGUUCGCUUCUAAUACAACUGCCGGUCAAUUGGUUGCUGGCAUUGGUGUUCUCGGAAAUUCAUCGAUUCAUUUAAAUAGUCCAUAUGGUUUAUAUGUUGAUUCCAAUGGAACUAUUUAUGUAGUUGACAAAGCUAACCAACGUGUCCAACAAUGGCAAAAAGGUUUAACCUACGGUAUUACUGUUGCUGGAGUAACAGGUAUUUCUGGGUCGAAUUCAUCUCUUUUAAAUGCUCCUACUGCAAUUACAUUUGAUUCCAAUAAUUUUAUGUAUAUUAUGGAUGCAGGAAACAAUAGAAUACAAAGAUUUGCACCUGGUUCUUUAACCGCAGAUACUAUGGCUGCUAUGGCGUUUAGUACACCGAGAGGCAUGCGACUUGAUUCAGUUGGUAACUUAUAUGUCGCUGAUCAAAAUAAUCAUCGAGUCGUUCUGUUUCGAUGUGUCUAUAACGCAUCAACAACAACACUUACAACACUUACGACUACGGCAGGACCUACAACAACAUCAACAAGUACGAGUACUACGAGUAGAACAACAUCAUCAAGUACCAGCACAUCAACAUCAUCCACUAGUACUACAACAACAUCGACACAAACUACGGCAACAACGUCAACAACUACUACGACAACAACAUCAACAACUACUACGACAACAACAUCAACAAGUACUUCGUCAACAACUGAAACUACGACAACAGGACCGCCUACUACUACAGUUACUACUACAACAACCGCUACAUCAACAACCACUACAUCAACACAAUCAACUACCACAACAGCUACUACUACAACAACCACUACAGCAACAACCACUACAGCAACACAAUCAACUGCUACAACAGCUACUACUACAACGGAAUCGACUACUACAACAGCUACUACUACAACAUCAACUACAACAACAGCAUACAUAUCUACCACGACAACUGGUACCACUACGACGUCUACAACGACAACCACUACUACGUCUACAACGUCAACCACUACUACGUCUACAACGUCAACCACUACUACGUCUACAACGACAACCACUACUACAUCUACAACGACAACCAUUACUACGUCUACAACGGCAAGUACUACUACGUCUACAACGGCAACCACUACUACGGCUACAACAGCUACGACUGGUGCAACAAAUGCAAAUAGUCAAUCUGCGAGUGGUGCGAGUACAGGAUCAGAUCAGGGUUGGUCAAAUGUAGGUAUUGGGGCUGGUAUUGGUAUUGGCGCUGCAGCACUUCUUAUAGCUACUGUUAUUGGUGGAAUCUUAUUGGCCAAAAAAGUUUAUGGAGCAUCAUCAGCUCCUAGCAGCGCAACCAAUUCUAUGAACACUAAGAAAAGUGUCACGAAAGUGGAAAAGAUUUCAUCGGAAGAAAGAUCGUCAUUUUCUCCAAAUAAUCAAAACCAAUCGUCAAAUGCGAAGACAACCGAAAAUUCUUCUUCAAACCCGAAGUCUACUACAAAUACUUCCCCGAAAAAUGACUCGGGCUCGAAUGCAGUAUCAAAUGGUGAUCGUGGUUAUCCCCCAUCAGGACAAAUGAACGUAAAUGCUCGUACCUAUAAUAUUCAUGUUGUCAAAUGA